AUGGGGACAGCUGAAACCAACGCAAACAUUGCCGUGGGAGAUCACCGAGAUCUUCUGGAUAUCAUUGACAAGCUCCGUUUGCAGGGAGUUAGUCAUUAUGUUGCCCUGCCCGAAAUUAUUGUCUGCGGAGAUCAGUCUGCGGGGAAGAGCUCUGUCCUCGAGGCAGUCUCCGGUAAGCAGUUCCCCAUCAAGGACGGCCUCUGUACGCGUUUCGCCACGGAGUUGGUUCUUCGUCGGGACCGCCAUAUUAGUAUCAAAGUAUCCAUCACCCCUGGCGAGAGCCGGUUUGGUGAAGACAAAGAACGCCUUGAGAAUUGGAUACCAACGGCCAGCAUUGAUGAAGAGUGUCUGGGCGCCGUGACUAAGGAGGCAGAGGCUAUGAUGGCUAUCCCAACCGGCACAGGGGAGUUCUACGAAGAUACACUCCGUGUCGAGCUCACUGGGCCAGAACAGCCACACCUAACAAUGGUGGACCUUCCUGGACUCUUCAGAGGAGGGAACAAGAGUCAAUCUGACGCCGAUAUCAGCAUUGUCCACGAUAUGGUGGAGAGGUAUAUGGCGCGACCACGGAGUAUCAUACUCACUGUCGUGUCAGCCAAGUACGAGUAUGUCCUGCAAGAAGUUACUCUGAUGGCCAAGAAAGCCGAUCCAGAAGGCUUGAGGACCAUGGGCCUUAUCACAAAGCCUGACACGUUGGAUGUUGGCUCUCCAUCUGAACACUACUUUGUCCGCCUAGCCCAAAAUAUCGCAGAAGAGCUCCACCUUGGUUGGCAUGUUUUGAAAAACCGCAGUUACGACGAGCGUGAUUUCACAUUGGCACAGAGGAACGAUAAAGAGAAAGAGUUCCUUUCCCAAGGAGUAUGGAGUUCCAUUGAGUCUUCACACUGCGGAGUAGAGUCCUUAACGGUCAGAUUGAGCAACGUCUUGAGAGAUCAAAUUCUUGUUCAGCUUCCGAGUCUUAUACAGGAUGUUGAAGAUGGUAUCCUCAACUGCGUUGAGAGGCUCGACCGUCUAGGUCCGGUACGAGGUACCUCACAGCAGCAGCGAAGCUACCUCUUGCGUGUGAGUGAGAAUUACACACUCUUGAUGAGGCAGGCAGUCGAUGGCACUUACACUGAUCGCUUCUUCGGCAACCGGAACGAACGUGCUAGUUUUGGCAGUAGACUGAGAGCUGUGGUACGGUUGAGACUUGACGAAUUCGCAGAGGAAAUGCGAGUUGACGGCCAGAGUCAGCACAUCGUUGAUUCAGCGAGUGAAGAUGAAGACCAUCCCAACUCCCGCGUCCUCGCGCCAAGCAUCUCUCGGUCUGAAUUCAUCAACAAAGUUGCUCGACGUCUCAAAUACAACAGAGGCCGCGAGCUUCCAGGUCUCUUCAAUCCUCUGAUCGUCAAUGACCUUUUCGUCGAGCAAUGCACGCCUUGGAAGAGGAUUGCCAAGAGCCUUGCUGAUGACAUGCUCGAUGCAGUGCACCUUACGACUGAAAAGGUAGUCGAGCAAAGUGCCGCGACGGAAGUCUCCGAAGGGGUCUUGAAACUCAUUCGUAAAGAAGUGGAGGGUCUAAGAAUCAAAAUGAGCCGUCGGAUUGACGCACUGCUUGUAUCAGCUACGCAGAAUCCUAUUACGAAUAACCCGGAGCUUGUCCAGCACGUCCAGCAGACUCAGGAAGACCGACACAAACGCACGGUUAAGUCACUGAUUACUAAGAUGUUUGGAACGAACCGUUUCGACGGCUCCGACAAAAAGAUCAGUAUAAAUCCGGUUGAACUCUUAGCGCUAGCUGGAGAGGGAUUCGAGCCAAACAUGGAGCGGUUCGGAAGCGCAUUGGCAGUAGAUUACAUGAAAGCAUUUUACAAGGUUGCAGUCAACAGAUUCAUCGAUGAUGUGAGCGUCCUAGCGAUAGAAGAUUGUCUCAUCAGCAAGCUUCCUUCGCUUUUCACAUCAAGCAGUGUCGCGGAGAUGAGUGAUGAAGAGUUAUACCUCCUUGCAGGCGAAACUGACGAAUCAUCCAUCGAGAGAAAACGCCUAGAGCUGAAACAGGGAAUCCUAGAGAAAGGGCUACAGGAUCUCAAGAGCCUCUACAAACGCAGCACGGUCGUCGGCCACAGAGGGUACCACGGCUUAUCGUCCGAAGAUUCUGAGAAGAUGUCGGCCAUAACACAGAGCAAAUCUGAAAAGGGAUCAUCCAUUACAGAUAGUCCAAGGGCAGCCUCUGAAGUAUUCGGCGAGGCAGUCCCUAUCAAUGAGGAGCAACACCCUGCAUUUCAAGCAGAUCACAUUAAAUGGCCAGAUCAAGAUGGAAUGAAGGACUUCUGGCCACCUCCUGCGAUGAGGAAGGCCGUGAAGGACGUCAUGGGUGAAGAUAGUCGAUGGGGCGGCUGA